AUGGCAAUGCCAACUCCACCAAUCCCCACCCCGAGUACCUCUCGAAAAAGCCAUAGAGGAGAAGACGGCCUGCUGUCUUCUUCAACAUCAGCUUUCCUAAAUUCUUCAUACUUUCCUCUGUCGUCAUCGACGAGCACCUUUUCGAGCAGUUUUUUGCGGCCGUCUCCAGCUUCCCGUUCCAUCCCCCUGGGCUCCUCUGUGCCAACUACUGACCUUUCCACUGCCUCUGCAACCAUUUCUACUCAGGCAGCUGGAGCAGCAGUGCAGAAAUCUAUGGCUUCCUCGUCCUCAAUGUCUAACUUCAGCCCCGGAUCGUUUGCAAGUAUUAGCGGGAACAAGAGGUCGUCAUUCAGUCCGUCGGAACACGCUGGCGGUGGUAUGUUUAGCAUUGGCCCCGGGAGUGACACGAGCAAUAUCUCAAGGCCGUCAUCUGUCCUGAACCUUCCGUCACUUAGCUCCCCCAGCACCUUAUGCUUGACGAACUCUAAUGUAUCCGAAGCUCUGCAAAACGGCGAGGUAGUGUUCAGUCGGAGAAGGGACUCUAUUGCUAGUCUGUCCAUUGCCACCACCGCCACCUCUCCCGUCCACGUGAGCUCUCACCCGUAUACAAACCAUACAUCCACUAGUGACGGCAUGGGACUGCAGAUCCAAUCUCAACUUGCUUCUGCUAAUGCGAAGGACGCUGCUCAACUACAACAACAACAGCAACAACAACAUCCUCACCAUCAAAUACCACAGCAACAGCAGCAACAUCAUCGAUCAAGAUCAAGGUCCACCAUGUCUCGUCCUGAAGGAGUCGUACCUGUCCAGGCUUCCCCAUCCCCCCCAGCACAACAGCAGCAACAGCAGACAUCGCCGCCGGGUGCUGGAAUGAGUACGAAGAGGUCGUCAAUGAGUAGCAGUACUACUAAUGUUAAUGAGGUCCUACCGGAGAAGAAGAAGGUCAUAGGCCGAAUUGGUGUUUGUGCAUUAGAUGCGAAGGCCAGGAGCAAGCCGUGCAGAACCAUCUUGAACAGGCUUAUUGAAAACGGAGAAUUCGAGACUGUGAUCUUUGGGGAUAAGGUUAUUCUUGAUGAAGGUCAGUCCUGUUUUGUUAUCCUUCCCCCAAAGUACCCCACUUCCCCAAUUGCGCACGGUUCUUCCCUGUAG